AGCUGCAGCCUGCGGGCGGCCAUCAGUUCACAGGAGCUGCUGCAGGAAAUGAAAGCGUUCAUCAGCGGUAUUGACCCAGUGCAUGGUCACAAGCUGUCUGUGAAGGAUCACGCCCGCUGUGGGAUCUUGCUGCUUCGGAACCUGCCCCCGGCCCGGGCGGCCGUCCUUGAGCACCUGCGGGGGGUCUUCGACGAGUACGUCAGUGGCUACAUCCUGGAGCUGAACCGCGAGGGGACGGCGGGACCUCCGAGCUUGGCACAGCCCGGCCUCGACGACGUCACCCAGGAGAUCCAGGGCGUGCUCUCGGAGUUUGUGCACUCCAACCCAAAGGCCUGGGCUCCCCUGGUCUCGGCCUGGUCCAUUGAGCUGAUGGGUCAGCUCAGCAGCAAAUACUCGAGCCGGCACCAGGUCCCACACACCAGCAGCCUGAACGAGCUGCUGCAGCUCUGGAUGUCGUGCAAGGCCACGCGGGUACUGAUGGAGAUCUAUGUGCAGUGCCUCUCGUCCAUGAUCAGUAGCUGCCCAGACGCUUGUGUUGAUUCCCUCCUGGACACCUCGGUGCAGCACUCACCGCACUUCGACUGGGUGGUGGCUCACAUCGGCUCCUCCUUCCCCAACACCAUCAUCAGCCGCGUCCUGUCCUGCGGCCUGAAGGAUUUCUGCAUGCACGGGGCUUCCUCAGUGGUGGACCCCCUCUUCCCAUCCCUGGCGGACAAGAGGGUGCCCAAGAUGGCGUCGGUGGUGGGCAUCCUGGGCCACUUGGCCACCCGGCACUCAGACAGCAUCCGGCAGGAACUGCUGCUGAUGUUCCACGAGAGCCUGAGGCCUAGCCGAGAGCCUCAGCACAACGCCACGGUACCCUUCCUUCUGCAGCUGGCUGCCAUGUCUCCGGUGCUGCUGAGCACUGUCUCCAGCGAGCUGGUGGAGUCUCUGACCCCCCCGGUGCUGGAACAGCUUCACCAGCAGUUUGUCGGGCUGGGCCGCGACGAUGCUGACAACCUGGUGGGCCUGGUGGUGCACCUCAUCUGCCAAGCUGGGCCUGGGGCUUACCGCAUCCUCCAGUUCCUGGUCAACACGGCCAUGCCAGCCUCGGUCAUCACCACACCAGGCCUGACGGUCAGGGAUGGAGUGCGCGAUGCCUGUCAUCGUAUUAUCCAGUUGCUUCUCCUCAACCUCCAGAAGCUGGUCUACAACAGGCCCCUGGGCAGCCUCGGUGAGGCACAGCCCCCUCGCACAGUCCCCUUCUUCGACGAGCUGAAGUCCCGGGUCCGAGACCUGUGCCUGGAGACCCUGAGGCUGGAGCGCAAGCGGCACCUCUGGCAGCACCAGCUGCUGGCCUUGCUGUGUGUCUACAGUGGGCAGAGCUGUACCACCGAGGCCCUGGGCCACCUGCUGGUGCUGGCACGGAGCCCCGAGGAGCUGGCCUUAGCUAUCCAGCUACAUGACCAGCUCUCGGCGUCGAUGCCAGGUCUGCUGCAGGCCACUGUGAGGCGUUGCAUUGACAGGCUCCAUUCCUCCAGCCUGCCCGAGGCCCAAUCCGCCCAGCUCCUCACCAACCUAGCGUUGCUGCUGCAGCGGGAGGGGGAGGACAGGGAGGCCGAGGAGGAGGGUGAGCUCAGAGAGGAGGAAGGGUCUGCUUUCCCCUCUCCCUCUGCCAUCAGCUGUGGUCUGGCGGAGGCCCUGUCUGUGCAUGUGCGGGACCUGGGACAGCUCCUGCGGCACCCCGAGACCCAGCUCUCAGACUCCGCGGCCGCCCUGCUCUCGGCUGUGCCCCUCCCCCGUGCCCUGGGCCCCGCCCUGCUCUCGGGCCUGUCCCGGGCUGGUGUCGGUCAUUUCCUGAGGGCCCUGAGGCAGGGCCAGCCUGCUCCAGCCCAGGACAGCGCCCGCCUGCUGGCACGUCUCAGCUCUGUCUCUCCCGGUGCCCUGCGGGCCGUCCUGCAGCAACUGGUAUGCUCUGCCGCCCAGGAGCCCGGCCUGUUCGGUGGGACUCCCCGGGGAACCCCCAGGCCUCAGGAUCACCCCUCCCCAGCGCCCGGUGACUCCCUGCUGGACGUUAACCGCAGGUUCGGCACCGCCGUCAACUUCAGGGGCAGCGUCUGGGCCGUCUUCCACGCUGGCAUCAUUGGGCGUGGCCUAAAACCCUCAGCCUCCUCGCCCUCCCCUUGCCCCUCCUUCCCAGGGUCUCUGGAAGCCUCCGACAACCUAUACCAGCUGCUGAGCCUGGUGGUGAGGUGCGGCACGCAGUGGAGGAGGCCCCUGGCGCAGUCUGAAGCCGGCCCGGCUGUGCCCCCCAUUAACCCAGAGGCGGCGAAGGCCGUGGCUGUAGCCCUGGUGGAGGAGCUGUGCCCGGAUGUCACCAACAGCGAGCUGGCCUGGCCUGGUGAUGACCACAGUCGUAGCACAGUGGAACGGGACCUGCAAAUCCGCAACCACUUUGAGGGAAACCCGCUCUUCUUCCCCCUGCUCCAGCUGGUCGCCGUGGGGAGGCCUGCUCUCUGCUACUGCUCAGUGCUGCUUCGGGGCCUCCUGGCCACCCUCAUGGCCCAUUGGGAAGCUUCCCGGGACUCCCUGACCACUAGCUCACUCUGGCAGCUACAGGCUUCCUGCUGCCUGGUCUCCUGCAUGGGUGAGGGUCAGCUCCUGCCCCCCGUGCUCAGCAACAUGCACGAGAUCUUCCACCUCCUCACCCCCUUCGAGGUGCACCUCCUGCUGCUCAGCGUCUGGGAUUACAUGAAGGAUAAUGGCCCGCUCCCCCAGAAGUUCACCUUCGACCCUGAGCAAGGCCAGUUCUACCGGGACUUCACACGGGACGGUGACAUGUGCAAAUACCUGAACGUCCUGCACAGCAUCCUCCACAAGAAUAUCGAGCAACUUGGACACUUGUGUGGUCGCUUUCAGAUCUGACCCACAUUCUGCCAUUCGCCGUCAGCUUCACCAUUGUACAGUGCGGGGCCUGAAGUAUUUAACAGAAAGGUCCACUCAGUCAAAUAUCGCCAAACCCCAUCAGCUGACCGUUCAAAUCCUCAGCUUUUAAAGCAGUGAUCUCCCAAAGGCAAUGAUUUCGAGCCCGUUGCAGAUGACCGAGCCAACAGCAGUGAUACUGGACAGUGUGCUGCAGACUCCUGUUGUGAUGUGAGCUGUGAUUUUAAAACCCGCCACAUUCUGUGAUUAUCAACGAUUAGCCCGCGUGAUGCUGAAAGUGACCAGGGACAAUGGGAUGAUGCUGUGCCAAUUGCUGUGUUCUUGUCCCUUAGGAUGUGCAGGGCUCCUGUGUUUUCUCUCACUCUCUUUCUCACAUUCAGUCCCACGUUCUCUCUCUCGUUCUCUGUUUCAUUCUCUCUUUUCUCUGACUUGCUCUCUCACUCUCUGUCUCGUGCUCUCACCCCCUUUUCCUCUUUCCCUUUGUUUCACCCUCUCUCCAUUUCUUUCUCAUUCUCUCUCUUUGUUGUUUUUAUCCCUCUCUCUCAUUCUCUGUCUCAUGCUCUCUCUCUCUCGCUCAGACUCUCUCUCUUUCUCUUCUGCUCUAUCUCACAUUCUCACUUUUUCUUCCUCGCGCUCAUUCUCUCACUCAUUUCCCACUUGACCCCAGUAGGUCCCCACGUGAAGAUAGACUGACCUACGACUGCCAGCCAAGACAGGGCAACCUUUGAUGUGAAGGCCACCAGGGUUGAAUUACUCUUGUAAAUAGAAUAUUGAAGUUUGUGAAUAUUAACCAUUCCGUUUUGUAAAUUGUUCCCUCUAAGGUUUUGAAAGAAAAACGUUGAGUUGAAAUAAAUAUUUAUGUGUG